UCGCCGGAUGAAGAAGGUGGAAUGGGAAAAUGGCGGCAGCGAAGAAGAGUGUUCUCUCUUCGUUAGCUGUUUACGCGGAAGAUUCUGAGCCCGAAUCCGACAGUGAAGCUGGCGGGGCUGGUAGUGAGCGAGGAGGGGGCCCAGAAGAGAAAGGAGGCUUGGUGUCAGAAGGUUAUGGAGAAGAUGAUUUCAGUAAGAUGGAUGGAGAGGAAGAUGGUUAUGAUGAAGAUGAUGAUGAUAAUAGUAAGCAGUCGGAAGAUGACGAUUCAGAGACUGAAAAACCUGAGGCUGAUGAUCUAAAGGACUUUUCAGAACUGGAGAAAAGAGAUCCUCAGGAACUAGUAGCAUCCUUCUCUGAGCGAGUUCGAAACAUGUCUCCUGAUGAGAUCAAAAUCCCUCCAGAACCCCCAGGCAGAUGUUCCAACCACUUACAGGACAAGAUUCAAAAACUGUAUGAGAGGAAGAUAAAAGAAGGCAUGGACAUGAACUAUAUCAUCCAAAGGAAAAAAGAGUUUCGCAACCCUAGCAUCUAUGAGAAGCUGAUCCAGUUUUGUGCAAUUGAUGAACUUGGCACAAAUUAUCCAAAGGACAUGUUUGAUCCUCAUGGGUGGUCUGAAGACUCCUAUUAUGAGGCACUAGCGAAAGCACAGAAAAUUGAAAUGGACAAACUGGAAAAGGCCAAGAAGGAGCGAACUAAGAUUGAGUUUGUGACUGGUACAAAGAAGGGAACAACAAAUGCUCCAUCUACAACAACAACAACAGCCAGUACUGCUGGUGGAGAUGCACAGAAGAGGAAAAGUAAGUGGGAUUCUGCCAUUCCUGUGACAGCAAUAGCUCAGCCCACUAUUCUCACUACCACUGCGACCCUGCCGGCUGUCGUCACAGUGACCACCAGCGCAAGCGGCUCCAAAACAACCGUGAUCUCUGCCGUUGGCACCAUUGUGAAAAAGGCAAAGCAAUGACACAUGCAGUAGAAGGACUUGCUAGAGUAUUUUUCAGACUGAGUAACGCCAAAAACUCUACCUUCGGAACUAAAGGAAGGAUAUUCCUCCUCCUCUUGGAGCAAAAAGACUGUUUUGAAAUGGGACAUACUGUUCUCGAGCAAGAUGGGGGUAGAAAUUGUUUCUGCGGGUGUACAUAUUUAUGUCUAAGGCUUUCAUCUUUAAUAGGAAACUGCUGUGCUGCCUUGUGUGAAAUUGAAUGUCAACAUGUAAAUAGUAGCUUAUUAAGUGGUGUAUUAUAACUGUAUCAGGGUCCUUAAAUUCUGUAAAAUUAGAGCUUUAAAGAGAAAGAUCUCAACUAUACUGAAAUCAAUCAGUUGCACCCCAUCCCAUUCAUUGCUGAUUUACUUUGAUACGGUUUUACUUUUACUGAGCAUCCUGAUCUCUCUGCCUCCAGAAAACUAUGGGCAAGAGUGACUUCCUUGAGCAAAACCAUAAAUAGUACAAUACAGAGAUUAGUUUUCAUGCACACAGUUGUCCCUAUUUAACUCAUUUAGCUGCUUUCAGAAAUCAGGGAAUUGAAAGCUUUGACGUUUGAGAGAACCAUCUGUAAAAACCAACACUGAAAAUUGUGCCUAGGUUUUGAGAAUCGUUGUGCAGAAUCUAGCUCUGCUGGUGGGAGGGGGGUUGUGAAAGAAGGAAGCAACAAGUGGAGUUUUCAUAGUAAGUACCACUUUUUGGGAAAACUGUAUGUACUUUUGAUGUUGGUAUGCAUGAUAGCAACAUUGCUUACAGUAAUGUACUUCAGCAGUUAUGCCAUGACAAAGAUGCCAUCAGUUUAAGCUUAUAUAAACUUACUUACCUGUGUAAGUUGGAACACCUUGGAUUAUAAAAACAGAACUUUAAAACUGUGUCCUCAUUCUUUACCUAAGAACAUAAGAGGUGCCCUGCGGGAUUAAAACAUAAGAGGUGCCCUGCGGGAUCAGAUCAUUGGUCCAGCUAGUCCAGCAGUGGCAAGCCAGUUGCCCUGGAGGGCCUCCUAGCACAUGUUUUCAGAUAGAGCCUCUGCAUAUGGAAGUUCCCUUUAGGACUCACGGCUCGUAGUUAAUGAUGGACAUAUCCUCCAUAAACCUGUCUAAAGCCAUUGAUACUUGUUGUCAUCACUACAUCCACUGACAGUUAAUUCCACAGUCUAAUUACCCAUUGAAUGCAAAAAGUACUUCUGUCCUAAUUCUAUUGCCUAACAGCUUAAUUGGGUUCCCCCAAGUUCUAGUAUGGGUGGAGAAAAAUGUUAUUCCUUUCUCUAUCCCAUCCAUUAUUUUAUAAAGCACUGUCAUGUUCCCUCCCCUGCCCCCGAAAUCUUUUCUAAACUGACGUUCCUUAUAGGAGGAGUGUUCCAGCUGCUUAGUCAUCUUGGUUGUCGUCUUUUGCACUUCUUCAAGACCUGAAAUAUCUUUUUUGAAAUAUGACCAGAACCAUAUACAGUAUUCCAAAUGAGUCUACACCAUAGACCUAUACAGGGGCUUUACGAUAUUGGCUGUUUUAUUUUCAAUCCCUUGCUCCAGUAGUCCUUAGUACAGAGUUUACCUUUUUUACUGCUACCACACACUUAGUCACUAUUUUCAUUAAGUUGUCCACUACUACCUGAAAAUCUUUUCUUCUCAGUCUCUACUAAUUCAGACCCCAUCAGUAUACAUUUAAAAUCAGGUUAUUUUGCUCCAUUGAGCACCACCUUGCACUUACACUAAACUUCAUUUGCCACUUUGUCCAUUCAGCCAAUUUGUGACGAACCUCUUAGAGCUCUUUGGUAUCAUCUGCAGAUUUGGCCUCUGUGCUGCUCACCUCCAUAUCAUUUAUGAGCAAAUAGUACUGUUCUCAGUGCUUGUUUCCUUCAUUGUAAAAACUAUCCAUUUAUUCCUAUUCUUUGCUUCCUGUGAUUUAAUCCAUAAUAAAGAGUCCAGUAGCACCUUUUAAGACUAACCAAAUUUAUUGUAGCAUAAGCUUUCGAGAGCCACUGCUCUCUUCAUCAGGUGCCACUGGACUCUUUUACUAUUUUGCUACUGCAGACUAACAUGGCUAACUCCUCUGGAUCUUAAUCCAUAAUGACUGCUAAGUUUAAUACUAGUGUAUAUGUGUGUAUAUAUAUAUAUACACGUGUGUGUGUGUGUGUGUGUGUGUACACACUAGUGUAUAUACACACACACACACACACACACACACACACACUAGUAUGUAUAUAUAAUUUCAAAAGGAAUGGCUAGUUUCAUUUAGGAUAAUGUAUAACAUUUUGGGGGACACACCAGGUAUGAAAGCUAUACAAAGAUGCUUUUCACAUUCCAGCAGGGUUUUCAUUAAUUAUUUUCAGUUUUUCAGCCAUUUCUGAACCAUAGAUCCAUAAACUGGGAGAUGACCAAUCUCACCUUUAGUUGAAUCCUGAGCACAGUCUCAUGCUUCUGAGCAUGCUGGAUUCAAUGGACUUGGAAUGGUGGUGUAAGUUAACUGUUUAGGUUGGUCCUGCUACUGUCUCUUGGCAGAAAUCAGAUUUAAUUCUGGAUCUUCCUGAUCAUAAGCUGACACUAAUUGGUACGUGUUCUCCCUAGGCCUCUAUGCCAACAUAGAGCAGCAUAGGUAGAACUUACAGAAGGGCUGUAAAUCCCCUCUGUUUCAAUUGUCCUUUCAGAUAACCCGUAAUCUUUUCCUUCUGUUAGUUCUCUGUAUUCGUUUAAUUGUUGCUUGACUCUGGGUGGAUCUGAUUUUUAAUUGUUUUUAAGUCUGAUACUAUAAUACUGUUUUAACUCUGUAAACUGCUUUGAAGUAAAGAAUAAAACCAGGCAUAAAUCUUUUUUAAAAAAAUAAAUAAUAAUGCUGUG